UUUAGACAUGGCGGCCACUGAAUGACAAUUCCAGGCAGACGCCUACUUAUUGUGUUUUAUCGAAAUACUCAGUUGUCAUGGAUCCCAGUUAUCUAUCAGAAGCGGCCAAUGAGAGCCCUAGAGUAAGUCAGCUGGCCAGUCAGUUGAAUGAACUGAAGAUUGACCUCUAUAACUUUGAGGAUCCCCACUACGAGGACGGCAAAUAUGUCCUGACAAGUCCUAGGUCACUGGAGGCAUGUGCAAAGCUGGGCGUCAAGCCAGUCGACCUGUUGUACAAGCCACUGGCAGAAUUCCAAGAGGAAUUACUUCCUCAAGAUGUUCCUCUCCGCACAAUCUACAACAUCUACGAUGACCACGAACAACAACGACAACUAAAGCUGAAAACGGCUCGUGAUGAAAGGAACAAACUGAAGGACCAGGAGAAUCAAGUCCGCAACAGAAAUAAAAAACUUAACUCUGGGAACAAAUACUCUGGCCUGGCUAAAAAGUCCCUGAGAAAAUCUAGAUUGUUCAAAUCUAAUUCUGAUGAGGACCUGAGCCAGGUGAGAGGAAGCAUUCAGCGUCAGAGGACAGCCUGGGCCACGUCUGUGGGGCAUAAACGUGUCUCUGACACAGACAUCAACAAAAGAGCCAAUGAACUACAUGAGGAAAGUCUUAAGUUACGGAAUGAAUUGUUGUCAAAGAAAGACAGAAUAAGACCCAGACCAUGGCUUUCACCAUUCCAAUCUAAGUUGGUUGAGUGUGUCAAAUUAAGAAUGUUUACAAUAUUAAUGCUGAUACCUUACAUACACUUUCUCAGAGCCAAUGAACUACAUGAGGAAAGUCUUAAGUUACGGAAUGAAUUGUUGUCAAAGAAAGACAGAAUAAGACCCAGACCAAAAUCAGCACAAAGUGGAAGGAUUAAAAGAAAGGGAACUGGAAGGUCAUCUGUAGCUAGGUCAAGGUCGCGCAGUACAUCUAACUUGUCAUUGAACAGCUCCAGUGGGUCUUGUCUCCUUAAUAAAUCUUCCGUUAAGGAUGCUCGCCCCAUCUCUAACCCCUCCCUGAGAAAAACUCUCAGUUCCUCGUCUGUGGACCUUCGUUCCACCUGUAUAACUCCCAGGGGCCUCUCCUGCAAAACCAAGCCUCCCCAGGACGAGAAGAUCCUGGAGCUGAUGAUGAGUAAGGGAGAGGAAGAGAAGGCCGUCAGUCGGGACCGCUACAUGGCUGAUCUGGCGUGGGACCUACAACGCAAACGAGAGGAGGAGGCAAAAAUAGUCUCUGAGAUGAGGAGACGAGAACUGCUUGCUGAGGAAAAUAGAAUCAGACAUCGACGAAUGGUGGAGACAGAGAAACAGCGAUUGGAAGUAGAGGCAGAGCUGCUUGAGGCCAGAGAACGUAAACUAAAAGAAAGUUCUGCUCAAUGGAAACGUUCCUCCAAUAUUCAGCUGACAAUGAGGAAUAUGAAGUUGGCUGAAAUGAAAGAAAAGGAGCAGCUGAAAAAGUUAUCACAGGAACGCAAUAGACAGUUAAUGGAGCAUGAUGAGAAUGAGAUGAAUGACUUAGUUCUGGAGAAACACCGCCAUGAUAUUCACACUGCUGCUCAACGUAAAGAAGCUAAACUUUUCCAGGAAUCAAUGAAAAAAGUAAUGGAGAACAGAAGCAAGCGGGACACAUUUGAGGAUAGACGCAAAUUGAUAGAUGAUUUAGCCGAACAAGACCAAGACUACAUGAAGAAUUCCAUCCACAAGCGCCACAGUUCUGCUGAGGUCAACCUUCAUCUAGCUGCCCAGCAGAAGGAAAAUGAACUGCGUAUGAGUCAAUUGGAGCGUGAGAAGAAAGCUUUAUCUGCUAAACUGUCACAGAAGAAAUUGGAUCAGGAGCUGGAAGAAUGGAGAAGUAGUGUCAAGAAUCACAGAAAAGCAGCAGAGCGACAUGCAAGUGAAGUCAAUGCUCGGAAUACGGACAUGAAAGCUCGCAAGGCUCACGAGGAGAGAGUUCAGCGAGAACAGGCUCAGAAGAACAGCAUCAAAAAGAUCCAUAAGGAGGUAGAGACCUGGAGAAAAGAAACUGAAGCAGAUCUUCUCUGGAAGGACAGGAAGGCCAACGCUGUCCUACAGGACAAGGAGGUUACGAUACAACAGUCACGUCAUGUUGCCCACCAGUCAUCCAAACUCCGCCAUGAGCUGAAGGAGAAAUAUGGAGCCGAGAGUUUUGACAAAAAGGCUUUCCGUGUAGAACUGUUUCAUCAGAUUGGUCUAGGACAUCUCUCCAAUAAGAAGGCAGUGUAGCAAUUGUGAGACAGCGUAUAUUUGUGUACAAUGUAAAAGAUUGACAAGUUCUGGUGUAUUCAGCAUUUGAUCAGGAUACUAGUGAAAUUCAAUGUCUGGUAAAGCCAAAGUUGUAUAAUAAUGGUGGCUGUUGUGUGAUUAAAGACCCUGAGACUAAGUGCUGAAGAUAUCAAACUCUGAAACCCUUACUAGUAAAAGUAAGCAUAUUUUUCCUCUCAAGUCAUUUAUUACACUGUACUCAUAAAGUACAACAACUUGCCCAAAGUAUUGUAAAUGAUGACCAGAACAUGUGGCUCGGGAGGUGAACGUUUUGUAUGUGAUCAGUUUGGUUGGUGGAAGUUAAUUAUUAGGGAUAAACCACAAGGAAUUCCUUCACAACUUUCCACUAUUAAACAAGAAUUAUUUCUGGAAUCUGAUUCUAGUACUCCUUGAUAACAGUACUUUGAUUGCCAGAACAUGCUCAGGAUAUUUUGUUCAAAAUUCAUUUGGUUAUAAUUAAGAAUCCAGAACCCAGUAUCUGGAGUCUAUCAGUGUGUGUUAUGUGUAAGGGAAGUGUAUGUAUUUAUUGUCUGGAUAAAUCAGACUUUAUAUGUAAGAGAUUGUAGGUAGAUCUGAUAUCUAUAUUUCACAUGUACCUGUAUCAAGGUGUUUAAAUUCUAUACAUGUACCUAUUUUGUGAUAUGGACAAAUAUUAUUAUAACUGAUAUUGUGCAGAGUAAGUGUUUAAGUGUAUCAUUGUAAAUACACAUGUACAAAAAGAGAAUGAGAACUUGUGUAUAGGCAGUGUAUGGUAUGGUAGUGUUAUUAUGUACAAGCUUCCUGUGUUACAUUUUGUGAUAGAAGUGUAAUGCUUUAUGAUAACUUGUGUAAGUCUAUUUAUUUGUUAUAAUGUUGUGUCAGUGAAUUGACAGAUUAUACUGUAACAGUAUUUAUGAUACAUAUUUUAAAUAUUAAGUACUGGGACCACUAAGUAGACAGAAAGUGUUCCAAAUAGCCACACACCAGAUAUUAUAGUAUCACGAAUAUUUAUUUUUGUCAGUAUAUUACCUAUGAUAUCAUUAAAUCAGAUACAAAUAUAUUUCAUUAUCUCAACAUACUUAUUUGUGCAACUACAACACACAAAUUUAUUCAUAUGGCAUGCACAGUCAAUAUGAAUACCGCCUGGAAAUAAUGCUAGCUAAAGUGAACAUCUUGUCAAUGAUUAAAUCAUUCCUUUCAUUAUUAAAAACAUUGAGGCACUGUUCACCUUAUAAAGCUUUACCCUGAGCAAUGUACGUUUGGACUGUGUAAUCUUUUAUUAAAUUUACCAAAGUCAUAACACUUAAUGAUUUAUGAGCACACCUGGUUUUGUACAGAUAUUGUUUAAGAAAUAAAAUAAUUUCAUUAUCAACUUUAUUAAUAAUGAUCUGAUAAAAUUUCUAGCAUUCAGUUCCAGUAAGUGUACAAAUCUAGACUUGUGCCUUUGUUUAAUGGAUAGUACAGCCAUCAUCUAGGGAGAAUACCGGAUAACACUCGAAGCAUUUAUGAUUUUCUAUAGGUGUCAUGGUGAUCCAUUUUCUCAUAAAACCGUUUGUGAUUCACAUUACAAAGUAUUUUGAUAUUUAUUGUUUUUUAAACAGGGACUAAGUUCCUAAAUUCAACUAUGCAAAUCUCACCAUAUCAUCCUCGCUCUCUAGUGGUCUAUUGCUUUUGGUAUUUUUACAAUUAGAAUCAGUGUGGAAAUGAUUAGUCUUUUAGUUUUGUUGACAAAAUUCAAAGGACAUCUCUAGAUCUUCUUACAUAUGCAGUAUAUAUAUAUAGAGAGAAAAAGGCAAAACAAACACCACUAAUGCUUUCCGGCCAUCUUCAGGCAAUUGUAACGAUUUUGUCUUUUUUUCUAUCUUAUAAAUGCACGUACAACAUUCUUUCAAGUUAUCAUAUAUACAUAUGUAUUUACACAAUGAAUAUAUAUAAACAUGAUUUCUGCAGUAAUCAUAUCAGUGUGGAAAGAAAGUGUUCUAUGGGAAUCUCUUAUGUAUUUAGGACAAACAUUCUGUCUCUCUAUCAUUGCUAUACUGUUUAUACAUGUCAUUUGUUAUUGCAAUUAUGAAUACUUUUGUUUGGUGAUAGGAUUUAAGCAUUUACAUAAAAUGAGAUUGUUAGAAUAUAUCUCCAACAGCAAGUAUUAAUAUCAGAUUAACAGUGAUAUCCUGUAUGUCCCACUGUCUGGAGGGGAGCUCUUUACUCCUGACACUUUAUAUUAUAUUGGAAAAAAAACUAUUUUUUUAUGAAUCAGAUUUUAAUAGAAGAGGAGGUGUUUGUUGACGGCCUAGCAACAUUGAAGUCAUUGGGGCCAGCUAUGUUUGAAGUACAAUGUACAUGAUUUUAGUCAGCUACUACAAACUUCCAUAGCACUACACCCCUUUUGGUACUAGAUAUUUUUGUGUUAUAUCUAUAUAUAUACAUCGAGAAUACAUGGUCAGUGUCUUAAAAUAUAAGCUGUAUUUUGGCGAGCCAAAAAUACAGCUUAUAUUUUA